GUCAGUCAGCACUGACAUGAUGUGGACAACAGCUGUCCUCCUGCUGCUUUCGCCUCAUCUGCUUUCCUCCGCAGACAAAGGAAGCAGCGGCAACCAAUCGGAUGUAGCCGGUGAGGACAUUUUAGACGCUCCCGCCAAAGGCCACAAACCUUUCAGCGAGGUCAAAGGUCGGGACACGUGCUCCAUCCCGUGCGACAUCACAGUGAAGCUGCUGCGAGAUGAAAAACACUCCAUUUGUGGUCAGCUGCAGCAGUCUCUGCUGGCGUUUGGCCGCAGCACCCGGAAGCUGAUCAGGGACGUGAUGGAGGAGCAGCAGAGGGCUCUGGACAUCCUCAGCACUCAGGUGGCGGAGCUGAUGACCAAGGUGCAGACGCUGAGCUCUGAGGUUCAGAGAAGCAACGUUGAGAUGUACUCCAUAAAGCCUGUUCAGUCUCAUGGACGAGACUGCAGCGACAUCAAGGACAGCCUUGUGUCUGUUGUCCCCAAGAUUCCCAGUGGGAUUUACAUCGUCCAUCCAGAAAACACGGACUCCUCUUUUGAGGUUUUCUGUGAGAUGGACUACAUGGGAGGAGGAUGGACUGUGAUGCAGAGGAGGACCGAGGGACUAACGGACUUCAAACGGCCGUGGGCCAGUUACGUUGAUGGCUUCGGACAUCUAGCAGGCGAGCACUGGCUGGGCCUGAAGAAAGUGUUUCAUAUAGUAAAUCAAAAAGACGCCCGCUUUCAGCUUCACAUCGCUCUGGUCUCCCACGAUGACGUGACCUCCUACGCUUCGUACGAUGACUUCCGCCUCGACAACGAAACACAGUUCUUCAGCAUACACCUGGGCAGAUACGCAGGCAGUGCUGGUGAUGCAUUCCGUGGCUACGACCAGGAGCAGAAUCAGGACACGGCUCCCUUCAGCGCCUCGGACGUGGACAACGACGGCUGCAAUCCCUCCUGCACGUUCCAAAACUCCACGGUGGAGAGCUGCAGCCUUCGGCACAACCAGACGGGGUGGUGGUUCAACCAGUGCGGCCUGGCCAACCUCAACGGCUCCCCGGAGGACGCCGAGCAGAACGGCGGGCUGAGGAUGCACAUCCUGUGGGACACCUGGAGGCAGAGCGGAGUGCCGUACAACAUCAAGUCAGUCACAAUGAAGAUCAGGAGGAUUGCAACUAAUAACUGAAAUGGAGUGCUUCCUGGUGCAACUGAGAGUUUCAAAAAAAUAGAAUAA